UCAUAAGCUUCAAAUUCGCCAUUUUGAUUUGAAACGUUUCAUUCUAAUCUUGAGUCUAGACAUCGUGCAGGAUAGUACUAGUAGUAGUACUACGUUAGUACUAUUUAGAACGUCGUGCCAUAACUUGCUAAGCUCCAGGACGUAAGUUUCUUAAAACUUCACUAUGGAUAAAGACGAGCUUGUUCAACGAGCCAAACUUGCCGAACAGGCGGAAAGGUACGAUGAUAUGGCAGCGGCAAUGAAACAGGUCACAGAAACGGGCGUGGAACUAAGCAAUGAAGAGAGGAAUUUGCUUUCUGUUGCCUACAAAAAUGUCGUAGGGGCAAGACGGAGUUCUUGGAGAGUAAUUUCAAGUAUAGAACAAAAGACAGAAGGAAGUGAAAAAAAGCAACAGAUGGCCAAAGAGUAUCGUGAAAAAGUCGAAAAAGAAUUAAGAGAAAUUUGUUAUGACGUUUUGGGUCUACUAGACAAGUACUUGAUUCCAAAAGCAAGUAAUGCAGAAAGUAAGGUAUUUUACUUGAAAAUGAAGGGUGAUUACUAUAGGUAUCUUGCAGAAGUUGCAACAGGUGAUCAGAAAAACAGUGUUGUAGAUGAGUCACAGAAAGCUUACCAGGAAGCAUUUGACAUCAGUAAAACCAAAAUGCAGCCCACACAUCCAAUACGACUGGGUCUGGCAUUGAAUUUCUCUGUUUUCUAUUAUGAGAUACUAAAUUCUCCAGACAAGGCCUGUCAAUUAGCCAAACAGGCAUUUGAUGAUGCCAUUGCAGAAUUAGACACUUUGAAUGAAGACUCUUAUAAAGAUAGCACACUUAUAAUGCAACUCCUUAGAGAUAACCUCACGUUAUGGACAUCUGACACUCAAGGUGAUGGAGAAGAGGCAACAGAAACUCAAGAAAACUAAUCUUUCCUGCAUUCCCCUUUUUCCUGCUGCAAUCUCCAAAACAAUUAAGCCUUUCAUUAAUGAAAAAUUGUAUAAUGAAACACUAGCAUAGUCAUUAGAAGUUACAAAACUAAGAGAAUCUGGUUAAACUAUAAUUGAAUAGCUAUAAAACCUGAAUAAUCUUACAGGAUUUUUUGAAGUUUGUGGCCAUGUAGCUUAUUUAAAUUGCAAUACAAGCUGACAUAUAGUCAGCAUAAUAAAAGUAUGCCAGCCAGUUUGCCCUAUUUCAUCACUGGUCUUUCAUGAAUUCAGCUUUAUACAUUGUGAUUUUAAUUUUUACUUCCCAGGCUUGAAUUGUUAAGUGUAAUUGAGAACAAACUUGCAAAAUAUAUAAUUAUCAAACUUUCAGUUCACGGAAAUGUGUUUGAUAAUGGGGGGGGUAUUAAUAAAUGUACUGCUGUUAUAUAAGGCUAAAUUGAAGCAGUAAAAAGAAAACCAACUAUUGUCUUUUUCGGUGUAGUGACCCGUCAUUCGUAAAUAAUAGUCAUCUUCUGUAGAAACUACGUACAAAUUGUUUAAACAAAGUUUAUUUAGGGGCCUAGCUUUCGAACUGGUCAACAGUUCGUCAGGGGGUUACAAGGUAUCAAAGAAGCAACAAGUAACUGACUGAAAUUCGAAAUUGUAGCAUUUUUAAGUAAGGAAAUAUUGAGAUGAGGAAAACAAAGUUUAUAACGUUCUUGAAAGGUUUGUUGACAAGCAGAAGUAAACGUGCGAAAAUUUAAAAUGUGUAAGCUAUUACGUGUCGGGAAACACCAUUCGGACAUUGACGUCACUUUCCCCACUAAGAGAUAUACUGAAAACUUACACCAAAUUAAAGAUUAUAUAUUAAUAUCCAUAUUUUAAUCAGAUACAAGUUACUACUAGUGUUGCCAAAUUGGACAAUUUCCAGUGUUUAUGUCGUGCGUAACACGACCCACCCGAUUUACCCCACCCUUUUAUAAAUAAUUACCGAAUAUUGUAUGAUUCAUUGCUUCUAUUUUGUGGGAAUUUUAACAUAGCAUAAAAAAAGUAACGGAAUUAUUGUUAAUAACAGUAGAACAGUGUUUUAUCGGGCAGAAGUUUGCCUGGCAGGAAUUUAAAUUGGGGGGGUUUAAAGUAUUUUAUGUGACAGAAUCUGGUACUUCUUUUGUACCUUCUAGUCCAUCUGGCGGAAGAGUCCUCGUUAAGAAUGUUAGGUACUUAAAAAAACACGUUACCACUUGAUUGUUUUAUUAUUAAUGUUGUCACGUAGACUACUAACCCAUUAUUAUUAUUAUUACUAAGGCGAUUAAUUGUACAAAUCAGUACUUCUUGUGGAGAAGAAAACGUAAAUCUAGUUUACUGCAGACAUAAUUAUGUAAAACCCCAAAUUUCAACCAUGUAAGUCUUGUAUUUUUCUGAUAAAGUUUGGUUGUGUAAUAAAAUUUGUUAAGAUAAGUGAUCGUUUAAAAUAAAA